AUGCGGGGGGCGAAAAGAGGAGCUGAGCGCGUAAGCCUCCUACUGCCAGUACACAGCCUCUCCACCAUCAAGACCCAUGCAGUGCCUCCCAGCGGCCACACACGGUAACUGGGACUAUGCAGUCCCAGGCUAAACUGUAGGGGAUCAGGGAGCAGCAGUGGGGCCCAUAGACACAGUGUGCAGGCCCACCGGCAAGUGGACACGCCCUGGCAUCAGUCAACCAUUGAUGGGCAGCCGGGGCUCACAGCCUUGGAUGGCAACCCGUCUAGGAGAAGGACACUCUGAACUAAAACUGGGACUGCAAGGAAUUGCGCCCCACAGUCUGCUAUCAGCAUAGUAAAGCCAACCAUGGAGAACAAAGUUUUGCCAAAACCUAAACUUCCAGCGGCGGGAAUCCGCAGCGGACGGCGGUGCUGGUCCUCCUUCUGGAGGACACCAUGAUGACAGUACCUCAAACCCUGGGAGUGUCCCAGGGAGGGUCCUGUCUGAUCACAGCACCCUGUCCAUGCAUUCAUGCGCUGUCAGAGACCAUUUGUUAUCGGAACCUUCAACGCAUGCACAGCGAGAGAAGAAGCGAGGCCCAGGCCACAACAGGCGAUGUAGGGUUAAUGCUGGGCCCCCAGGCGCGCAAGGCUCUUCGUUGGGUUUACCACCACACCGACAGGAUUCUGAGCACUGAGUUCUCGGGCAACCCAGUAACAGCAGUCAUAGUCGUGUACUCAUUCACCAACGCAGCAUCAUCUGAGCAGGUGGAGAGUGUGUGGACCCAAAAGCAGAGGAUGUGA